AUGCCCGGACUUAUUAACAAGGAAAGGCGGAACGCUCUGCCCCUCAGUGUCUCUGACAUCACUUCCUGUGUCAGGGGUUACACUCUGGCAUUGACAGCCUCCAUGACAUAUGAAAAUAUUGAGGACCAUGCAAUCGAGGGAAUCUUCAUUUAUCCACUGGAAGAAAACUCCACUGUUGUUGGAUUUGAAGCUAUGAUAGCAAAUCAAAUAAUAACACUGCAAAUCAAAGACAAGGCAAAAAUUGAUGACUGUUACCUUGACAGCUGCAAUGCAUCUAAUGGGGCCCUCCAGACUGGCAGCGGACAAAUAGUGAUGGAUGAAGAUUUGGAGAGAACGGUGUUAGUGGUUAACCUUGGGGUCAUCCCUCCUAUGGAGACAGUCAACAUAUUGGUCAGCACCUCCUCUGAGCUCUUGACCCUCCCCAAUGGGGGCAUCAGGGUCUCCUCCCCACCAGUGUGUACACCUCGGGUACAGAGGACCAUCAACGAGGAGCAGGGCCUGUCCCCGAACUUCUCCAGAGGGAGGGACAGGCAUACCUGCACCCCAAGUAAUCACGAUCAAAAUCCCCACUCCUCUCAACUGUGUUUGGCCUCUCUGCUGGAGGAAGAGGCCAUCAACUCCAUGGACUACGAGUUCAACUUCCAGCUGGAGAUACGGGCUCCAUACCUCCUGGCAGGUGUAGAAAGUCCCUCUCAUGCCAUCCGUGCUGAUGCUGACCCUCUGGCCCGCUCUGCCACCAGCGUCGUCAUCACUCUGGCUGACAAGUACACUUAUGACUGUCCUGUUGAAAUCCUCAUCUAUCCCAGCGAGCCUCAUUUGCCACACGUGCUCAUCGAGGAUGGAGACAUGACCCAGGAGGAGUAUGAUGAGCACCUUCAUGGCCGCAGCGAUUUCAUCAAAGCCACCAAGAAGGACUCGAGCAAUGAGAGGAAAGUAGAUAUCAUUCACAAGCGCCUCCACAAGGACAUCCUCCACAACCCUGUGGUCAUGCUGAACUUCUGCCCUGAUCUGAAGUCGAUCAGUGCAGACCUGAGGAAAGUGCAUGGCGAAUUCAUCUUCCUCAUUGACCGCAGCGGCAGCAUGAGUGGCGUCAACAUUAAUCGUGUGAAGGAUGCCAUGGUGGUGAUUCUGAAGAGCCUUGUGCCUGGAUGCCUUUUCAACAUCAUAGGCUUUGGUUCUACAUUCAAAACACUAUUCACAACCAGUCAGAACUAUGAGGAGGAAGCCCUGGCUCUGGCUUGUGAGUAUAUCAGGAAAAUCAGAGCUGACAUGGGGGGAACCAACAUCCUGGCACCACUCAACUGGAUCCUGAGGCAGCCAAUGUACAGCGGUCAUCCCCGCCUGCUCUUCUUGCUCACCGACGGCGCUGUCAGCAACACAGGCAAAGUUAUUGAGCUGGUACGCAGCCAUGCACGGUACAUCAGAUGUUACACAUUCGGCAUUGGGCAGAACGCUUGCAGGAGGCUCGUGCAGGGACUGGCUGUUGUUUCCAAAGGAACAGCUGAGUUCUUAGCUGAAGGAGAGAGGCUGCAACCUAAGAUGAUAAAGUCCCUGAAGAGGACCAUGUGUCCGGUGCUCAGUGACAUUGCCAUCGAAUGGCUCUUCCCUGAGACCAAGGAAGUGUUGCUGUCCCCUGUGGGCAGCACUUUCCUGUUUCCCGGAGACCGUCUGAUUGGCUACAGCGUAGUUUGUGACACCACCCGUUACCAUUCCAACCCUAAAUCUGAUAAGAGGAGGCGAUACAGCAUGAUGCGCUCCAAUGAGUCAGCCAGCUCAGUGUUCUACCACUCUCAAGAGGAAGACCCGGUGAAGAUGACUUUUGACGGUCAGGGCCCCCACAGAGAGCCACACUCUCACUCUCUGUAUGACUCCUACUUGGACUCCAUGUCAGAGAGCAACCCAGCCACUGUCGAGCAAGACCUUGUGGGGAUUGACAGUAAAACCUCACCAAGGAGACGUGCAUACAGCACCAACCAGAUAGUGGACUACAACCCAGCAAAGAAGGUCUACACCCCCAGUGACCCGAGCUCUGUGGUGGGGAAGAAUCCUCUGAGGAGGGCAAAAGUCCAGGAGCUUAUUGGCCAAACGAGUCCUGACUAUGGAGCACAGUGGAAGAACGAAUUCCAGCCACAGCUGGCAAGCCUGUGUGCCACAUCUUCCAGGGGGCGUCCUGCCAGCUGUCACAGGCCUCUCCCUCAGCAAGAGGGACAACUGCAGCAGGAGGCCGACUCUGAGCUUCAUUUCCAUCCCCAGCCUCAGGCCAGCCCUCUGCCCAGCAGCAGCGUGCAGGCUGCAGCUCGCAGCAUCACUGGAGAAGAUGGAUCAAGAUCCUCCACCGACAGCCCAUCUGUUGGCAGCAUCGGAGACAUAGAUGGCUAUGGCCACCAGUUAUGUGAGGCAGAAACCCCACAGGAGAGCCAUGCCUCAGACUUGGGUGCUGCCAACCGAGGGAAAGGGGACUGCAAGGCUGUGGUCUCUGGACUGCUGUGUGGGAAAUCUGUAAAGUGGGAGGUGGUCUUUGAUAUUGAGCCCUACCUGAAUGGCCGGGAGCGGGAGGAAAAGGUUCACGAGGAGCUGUGGAAUGAGACCUUCCAUCACCUGGCCGGACGGUCCAUCAUACAUGACUUUGAACACAUGGCAGACAAGGAGUGUGAGAUUGAGCACGGAUCUGGCAGGAGGUACCAACUAUACGCCAUUCACACCAGCAAGGCCUGCAAUAUACUGAGCAAAUACACUGCUUUUGUUCCAAUUGAUCUGGACACUAAUGAGUACUUGCAGACAUCUAUUGAAUAUAUAAAUCCUGGUGAAGGUCUGAAGAGGGGCUCGCACUCCAGCUCCCACUCGGGGAGCAGGAAAAACAGAGGUUACUCCAUUGGACUGGGCCGCUCUCAGUCUGGAUGCAUGUCAGAGGAUCCUGAAGACAUCCUGCUGCCCAACAGUGAGGAUGGAGCGUCUCCGUGCAGCACACCCUCUUCUUCUAGCUGGGAAAAAUGCAGCUUCACAGAUGCUUGUCAGAGGAGUUCGUCUGUGACCUCAGACCAAUCACAGAAAUCGGUGGAGAGCCUUUUUUCUGCCAGACUGGCCCUCAGCAGGACUCGUCUCCUGACUCGGGCUGCCAAAGGAUUCAUGUGUCGAUCACACAGCAAGUCUGGUGAUUCAAUUGGGGAAAGUGACAACGAGAACAAAGACUACAUUCCUCUGGUGUUGUUACAGUUGGCUUGUGGGGCUUUUCCCCUGGACAUAGCUCUGUGUGAUGCCAUCAAUGUGCCAAUGGACAAGCUGAAGUGGACCUCCCCCUUCACCAGCCACCGGACCAGCCUGGGCCACCUGUCCCACUCAGGCAGCCGCCGUACUGAGAGCACCAGCGACGGACGCAGGUCGCCCUCUGAACCAGAAAUAUCUCAGCAGCAGCAGCGGCAGCCUGCAGAGCAAGGAGUCAGCAGCCACAGCUUUUCUUAUCCAGCCAGGAGUCCCCGGACUGAGGCAUCCUCCUUGUUCAGCCCAUCCUGCUCCACCUCUACUGAACCUCCUGUAUUCCCCAGCUCCCAAAGGGACAGUGGGCGGGGCUCUGAGUCAGAGAGCCUGGAAACACCCCUGGCCACAGUGUCCCCUGGUGGCGUAACAAAGAAGAUGCUAGAUCCAGAAAGCAUGGUGUGGGCCACGGCUGUGGCUCUGGCCUGGCUGGAGCACAGCUCGGCCAGCUACUUCAUAGAGUGGGAGCUGGUCGCUGCCAAAGCCAGCAUGUGGUUGAGCGCCCAGAACAUACCAGAAGGCCGGGAUUUAGCCUCCAUCAAAGCUGCUGCCAACCAGCUCUUUAUCAUCCUCAGACACUGGGAUGAGAACCUGCAGCUCAACAUGCUGUGUUACAACCCGAACAGUGUCUGA